AUGAAGUUGGUCCAGUUUUGCUUUCUCUUCUGUUGCUGGACAGCAAUCUGCUGCCACUGCUGUGAGCUGACCAACAUCACCAUUACAGUGGAGAAAGAGGAAUGUGGCUUCUGCAUAAGCAUGAACACCACAUGGUGUGCGGGCUACUGCUACACCCGGGAUCUAGUGUACAAGGAUCCAGCCAGGCCCAACAUCCAGAAAACGUGUACCUUCAAGGAGCUGAUGUAUGAGACGGUCAAAGUGCCUGGCUGUGCUCACCAUGCAGACUCCCUGUAUACGUACCCAGUAGCCUCUGAAUGUCACUGUGGCAAGUGUGACAGCGACAGCACUGACUGCACCGUGCGAGGCCUGGGACCCAGCUACUGCUCGUUCAGUGAAAUGAAAGAAUAA